AUGACAGGAGUGUUGAGAGCAGUUUUAGCAAAAAAACACAGACAAAAGUCUCCAAAGAAGUUAGAAAAUGAUGAAAAGGGUCUGAUGGAAUCUGAUGAGACAGGAUUCAUAAACAAAACCGACAACACAGCGUCUAAUGAAAGCAAUGCUGGAAACGUUAAUACAUGUCCUUCUGUCCCCUUUUCUGAUUUGAAUGAGGUUUCACGUAAUGGCUUAACAGAUGACAGUGAGGGAGUAGGGUUUAGUCACAAAACGUCCUCUGAGCCUAAAGUAAGAGAGGUUUAUCUGAAUGGCAGUCCAUUUGUAGAUGAAGACAGCAAUCAGCCGAUGCCUCUGGGGCUCUUUUUUGAAAAUGCAGAUCUAAUGCAGGUGAGACCUGCUGUGCCUUGUUGUGCUUCGAUGCGCAGAAGAGAGUUCAGAAACCUGCAUUUUAGAGCAAAGGAAGAGGAGGAAGAUGAUGAUGAUGACUAUGCUGACAGCUUGGUUAAUGAAGGAAAUAUUUAAAUAAGGAUUCUGCAGAGCCAAGCUUGAAUGUGUGUGUCCGGGGGAAUCCAGAAGUAUAAAUAUUUGUCCCAAUCUAAGUGUUUUAAGAUAGUAGCAGCUGCAUGGACAAUGUUUGUAUAGAAUCUAUUUUCUUCUGAAUAUGUUUAUAAAACACAAGAAAAUAUAAGUGCAAUUAUUCUUACUUGUAUCAAGCAAGGAAAAGGAGAUACAAUUUGAAUUUCCCAAAUGUAAUUAACUUCAGCAUUUCUAUAGAAAUCGUACACUUCUAAAAAAUGGCAAUGACAAAAUCUAGAAACUCAAGACAGUUCUUAAUAGUUCUGGGACAAACUGUGAGUUUUUCAGCAUCUGAAAUGUCAAAUAUUUUGCAUAAAAUCUGUUAAUGAAGGAUAACUUGUAAUUGGUAUAUAAGGGUGUUUUUUGUUAAAGACUCUACUAGUGAUUUGGGCUUGCCCUGCA